CACACUCAGCAGAUGCUCCGCCGGGAUGAGCUGCGUGUCGCUGCCUUUUGUGCGGCUCCGGUGCUUCGACUUGAGAUGCGAUUUGCAGCCGAAAACAAAAACCCACCCCGAACCAAAAACCUCUACUGCGUCCACACCGAGGAGUCGAGUUACAGAAUACAACGCUUUAUGAAUGAGAGCGGAAACUGCGGACAACCGAGAGUCGGGAGAAAGUGAAUUUUGGAGCAUUUGGAGGCAUUUUGAGUCGGAAACGAUCCGCUCCGAACUGCCGCUGCUGCUGCGGGUGGUAGUGGAGGUGGUGGUCUGCUCUUUGUGCUGCGGGGGUCGCAGCCCUUUUUCCUUUUGGGUAGAAAGGCCUCCAAGAUAGAUUCCCUCAGGAGUAAAGUGGACUUGCUGCGCCUCCCUCUGGCCCUCUCCUCCAAGUCCAUCAGCAAUCGCAAGAGCCAGCUGGGCGUGGUCUGGGAGAAAGGCGGCGGCUCGGGGGCAGGAGGAGCCAGGAAACCCCGCCCACCGCCAGCCUCCGACAUGGACAACGAGUCGACGUACUCGGGCUACUCCUACAAGUCGUCCCACUCACGAAGCUCCCGCAAACACAGGGAGAGAAGGGACAGGCAUCGCUCAAAGAGUCGGGACAUCGGUAUCCGGGGAGACAAAUCGGUGACCAUCCAGGCUCCCACGGAGUCGUUGCUGGACGCCGAGUCCACCAGAGGAGACGACAGGGAUGACAACUGGGGCGAGACCACCACGGUGGUCACUGGCACCUCCGUGGACAGCAUCUCCAACGAGGACCUGACGCGGCUCUCUAAGGACCUUGAGGACUCCUCGCCGCUGGAGUGCCGCCGGUAUCUCGGCCCAGCGUUGGGCGCGGUCCUGGGGUUCUUUGCUCUCGUCACUCCCCUGGCCUUCUUGGCCCUCCCACAGCUGCUGUGGCGGGACACGCUGGAGCCUUGCGGCACACCGUGUGAAGGUCUUUACAUUUCUCUGGCCUUCAAGCUCCUGAUCCUCCUCAUCUCCACCUGGGCGCUGUUUCUCCGCCCGCCCAGAGCCACUCUGCCACGCUUCUUCAUCUUCCGCUGUCUGCUGCUGGCAUUGGUCUUCCUCUUUGUGGCAUCGUAUUGGCUCUUCUACGGGGUGCGGGUGCUGGAGCCCAGGGAGACGGACUACAGGGGGAUUGUGGGAUAUGCAGCAUCUCUGGUGGACGCGCUGCUGUUCAUUCAGUACCUGGCCCUGGUGCUGCUGGAGGUCAGACAUCUGCAGCCUGCUUUCUGUCUGAAGGUUGUGAGGACCACAGAUGGAGCUAGUCGCUUCUACAACGUGGGUUAUCUCAGUAUUCAGCGGGCAGCAGUGUGGGUUCUAGACCAGUACUACAGUGACUUCCCGGUCUAUAACCCCGCCCUGCUCAAUCUGCCCAAGUCUAUCCUCUCCAAGAAGAUGUCUGCCUUCAAAGUCUACAAUCUAGGGGAAGAGAACAGCACAAAUAACUCCACGGGGCAGUCCAGAACCAUGGUUGCAGCCGCUGCUCGGAGAAGAGAUAACUCCCACAAUGAGUACUAUUACGAGGAGGCGGAGGUGGAGCGGAGGGUCCGCAAACGCAAAGCCAGACUUGUGGUGGCAGUAGAAGAAGCCUUCACCCACAUCAAGCGUUACCAGGAAGAAGAGGCGACCACGUCCUCCCCGAAACACCCGCGGGAGGUGAUGGACCCCAGGGAGGCGGCCCAAGCCAUCUUUGCCCCCAUGGCACGAGCCAUGCAGAAAUACCUCCGCGCCACCAGGCAGCAGUUCUACCAUAGCAUGGAGAGCAUCAUCAACCACCUGCAGUUCUGCAUCACGCACAACAUGACCCCCAAGGCUUUCCUUGAGCGUUACCUCAGCCCAGGGCCCACCCUCCAGUACCUAGACACCAGCAGGGGACGCCAGUGGACACUAGUGAGUGAGGAGCCAGUGACUGCUGCUCUACGUCAAGGCCAGGUCUUCUCCCUGAGACGCCUUGACUUCUCUCUGGUUGUCACAGUGACACCCCUCCCCUUCCUGCACCUGGGCGAGGAGUUCAUUGACCCCAAAAGCCACAAGUUUGUCAUGAAGCUUCAAUCAGAGACUUCUGUGUAGGAGGAAGGUGAUAAAUAAUGGACGGAAGAAAGAAGAAGGAUGUUGGCUCAAAGUUACUAAUCUUCGUGCUUUCAGGGUAUCUUUUUUUAUAUACCUUUUUUGCAUAGUUAUUUUUAAUGAUUUUAUAUUUGUUUAUAAGCGUGACAUCCAAAUAUGCAAAGAAGACAUGGUUAAAAUGCUAGGAAGCUACAGAGAAAAAAAUCAUGCCUGCAGAACUACCCUAUCUCUGACCAUGUUCCUCUUUUCUGGUGAACAAGUGGACAUUUAUACCGAAGUGCUGACUCUUAACUUCUGCUUACACUGCAGACUCCUUUAAACUUCCAUGGUACGUAUGAUGCGUCGUACGUAUAUACUCUCACUCUUUGUCAGAGCUAAUCUUACUUCUUUUUUUCUCUUUUACUUGAACUUCUUGUGUGGCCUUUACAGGCUAUAAAAUCUACUAAAAAAGGUCAGGCCUUCUCUCACCUUUUGUGCAUUGACAGGAUUCACUGACUGAAACAAAUGGAGAUGAUGCUACUUUUGAACUGCUUCCUCUAUGUUUGAUUCCACUGAAAAGUUUACUGAAAGUGGGCAGAUGAACUUUCCGCUCCAAGUAUGAAGUAAAAAACACUGGAUGGACUUGAUGCACUGAAUAUUUCAUAAUCAGUUUGUUUGUUGAUCUCCUGCUUAGGUUCUGUUGAACCACUUCUCAUUUCUACAAAUCCACCCACGGAAAUGUGUGUAACGGCGUACACUUUAACUUUCUAAGCACAAUGUGGACAAAGUAUAGGAGACGAGUUUAAGUCCAGUAUCACUGGUAACAGAUAUUUUCACACUCCAGGAUAACACCGCCGAGUACCACCGAUGUGCUUCUUUUUGGCAGCUUGAUGUUAAUUACUGUCUUUUUUGAUAUUUUGCAACGUGAGUGGGUGAAUUUGUGUGUGUGAUUGAGCAACUUGACAAAGUGGGGAGAGGCCCAAAAGCCCAUAGGUCAUUCCAUCUAUGUAAUUUGAUUAAAAAUUAGUUUAUUUUUUAUUAAUUUUCACAUUUACGGUACAAUAUAAAUUAAAUUGCAACCUUCAUUACCAAACCGUAUGACCCUGAGAGAGAUA